AUGUCUGGAAGGCUGUGGCUGGAGGCCAGUUUUGCUCUCUACAAGCGAGGUCUCCGGAAACCAAGAGAGCACACGGCUCUUCUUAAAAUUGAAGACGUUUAUGCCAGACAUGAAAUUGAGUUCUACAUAGGCAAGACAAGUGCAUAUAUGUAUAAAGCAAAACACAAUACAGUGAUUCUUGGAGACAAACCAAACCAAACCAGAGUGAUCUGGAGAAAAGUAACCUGGGCCCAUGGAAACAGUGGCAUGGUUCGUGCCAAAUUCCGAAGCAACCUUGUAAAGGCCACUGGACGCAGAAUCUGUGUGACGCUGUACUCAUCCCAGAUUUAA